AUGGGGCAACUUGCCAGUGCCCAAAAUACUCGACCAGUUAGAACUCUUCCAAGCAAUACUGAGGCUAAUCCUAAGGCAUCUAUUAAUGUUGUGUCAUUGAGGAAUGAGAGACGGUUAGAAAAAGUCCCAUCAAAAAAGAGAAAGCAAGUGACCUUUUAUGAGAAAUCGGCCACCAUAGAAGAAGAAUUAGAAAAAGCAAAUGAGUUAGAGAAGCCAGCUGAAGAGGCGGUGGCUAAGCAACCCCCACCAUUAGUUGCGAGGCCACCACCUCCGUUCCCUCAGAGAUUGCAGAAAGUGAAGGAUAAUGCGGCCUAUAAAAAGUUUCUUGAUAUUUUGAAGCAGGUGCAAAUCAAUAUUCCACCGGUACACAUCCUGCAAGAAAUGCCCAAAUAUGCCAAAUACAUCAAGGACAUAGUGGAAAAUAAGAGGAGGUUGACAGAGUUCGAGACUAUGGCACUCACUGAACAAUGUAGCCCAAGAAUUCAAAGUAAGCUACCUCAGAAAUUGAAGGAUCCAGGAGUGAUUGAAGAUGUGUUAGUUCAAGUGGGUUCUUUCAUAUUCCCUAUUGAUUUCAUUAUCUUAGACUAUGAGCCUGAUCAGGAAGUCCCAUUUAUUUUAGGGCAUCCAUUCUUAGUCAUGGGCCGAGCUAUUAUUGUUGUAUGCAAAGGAAAGAUGACGAUGAGAGUGGGUGAUCGAGUGGAGGUAUUCAAUGGAUAUAAAGCACUCAAAUUUCCAGCCCACUAUGAAGAGCUAUCCAUGAUUUUUAUGGUGGAAAGUGAUGUGACAUCAUUGGUGCAUUAUAUGAGCCCCAUAGAUCCUCUUGAACAAGCCUUGAUUGGGGAUGAAGAAGACAAUGAAGAUGAAAUGAUGGAAGAAAUUGAGCAAGUACUUACCAUGUCUUGCAGUUAUGUCCAUGGGUUUGGGAGAUUUGAGGAGUUGGACAGACCUGUUACUCUGACCCCUCCUAAGCCAUCUAUCGAAGAAGCUCUAAAGCUAGAGCUUAAGCCCCUUCCAGCGCAUCUGCGCUAUACUUAUAUGGGAAGCUCUGAGACUUUGCCAGUGAUUAUCUCAUCCAGCUUGACCGAUAUAUAA